CGGGAUGAGCACAGAUCGGCGCAUGUGGAUGAAGAAAGAAACCAGGAAGGGCUAAACCGUCGAGAGGUAGAAGAAGGGAAGGGAAAGGGAGCAGAGCAGCGGCACAGAGCCAUGCAGGCUGUGCGGACGCGGCCGGAGCAGCGCGCGGAGGCGGCGGUGGAGGCGAGCCCGCUCGCGAGCGCGCGGUCGUGGAGCCCCGAGGCGGAGAUCGGCAUGCGCGUGGAGGACAUCUGGGACAGCUUCGACGUGCAGCAGCAGCAGCUCAGCCACGGCGACAAGCUCAACAGCUGCUUCGACAGCAUCCCGGUCGCCUCCUUCCCGCACACCUUCGACGGCGCCCAGCUCGUGGAGAUCCCCUCCGACGCCACGCUCGCCGAGGCCGUCGACAUCCUGUCGCGGAACAGGAUCAUCAGCGCGCCCGUCAGGAACGUCGACGCGCCCGAGGACGCCAGCUGGAUCGACCGCUACAUCGGCAUCGUCGAGUUCGCCGGAAUCGCCGUCUGGCUCCUCCAUCAGUCUGAAGCCGCGGCGAAGGCCGACGUCGGCGCCGACGAGCUAGCGGCGAAGCUGGGCACCGUCACCCUGGAGGGUGCCGCGGCCGCGGCCGCGAACGUGCGAGAGCCCAAAAUGGCGGAGUCUGAAGGAGCGAUCGCGGAAGUCUUCGGAGCCCUGCCUUCUUCAGACCUGUUCAACAAAACAAAGGUGAAGGACAUCUCCGGGUCGUUCCGGUGGGCGCCGUUCCUUGCGCUGCAGAGCUCCGACACGUUCCUAACGAUGCUGCUGCUGUUGUCCAAGUACCGGAUGAAGAGCCUGCCGGUGGUGGACAUCGGCGAAGGCACCAUCAGCAACGUCAUCACGCAGGGAGCCGUCGUGCACAUGCUCUCCGAGUGCGUCGGCCUCCACUGGUUCGAGGAGUGGGGCACCAAGACGCUCUCCGAGAUCGGACUGCCCAUCAUGAGGCUCAGCAAGAUCGUCAAGGUUCGCGAGGACGAGCCGGCGCUCAAGGCCUUCAGGCUGAUGAGGAGAAAAGGGGUUGGAGGCAUACCGGUUGUGGACGAUUGCGGCAGGGCGGUAGGCAGCAUAAUGAUCAAGGAUGUCAAGCAUCUCCUUACGGCAUCGGAGGCAAACAGAGACUACAGGACACUAAAAGCGAAAGAAUUCAUUGCGAAUGCACGACAGAGCUCCGGCGAAAGGCAAAUGAGCAUCAUAACGUGCAGCAGAGGGGACAGUGUCAAGGACAUAAUAUUGAAGCUGGAUGCAGAAAAGAAGCAGAGGAUCUAUGUGAUCAACGAGGAAGGGAACCUAGACGGCUUGAUCACCCUCAGAGAUAUCAUCGCCAAGUUGGUGUAUGAGCCACCUGGCUAUUUUGGGGACUUCUUCAAUGGUGUUAUCCCUCUACCACAAAACAGCAGGGUUUGAAAAGUUUAGACAAAUCAGGAAUUACUUUUUGUCAUGCUCUCUAUCGAUUCAUUGUCUGUAGGACGUGAUUAUUUUUUUCCUUCACAUUUCUAGUGUUCAUAAGUAUUUAGUGCCUUCUAUGUAGAUAAAUAGUUUGUCAUAAUGAUUCCAUGUGUGGAACACUAAUGCUUGUUUAAGUUGAAAACAAGUUAAAUCCUGGAAUU